AUGGCGAAGAAAGAGGGAGGAAGAAGAGUGUGGGACCCACAGUUAAACUUAACACCAACAAGUGGACUGGUUGAUGAAAGUGAAUCCGAUUAUGAUUCCGAUUAUCUGAGAGACUUAUUCGGAGAUGUUGUGGAAAGCGACGAUUACGAAGACGAGGAGGAGAUAACAGGGGAAUUCAUUGAUCAAUAUCAACCUCAACCAAAUAAUCACUACUUAUUGGAUCACAAUUUAACUCUGGAUUAUCAUAUAUAUAAUCAACAAAGUUCCUUUGAUCAGCCAACAUCUGAAUUCAUCGAUGAUGAUGAUGUCACAACUGAAAGUGAAUCCGAUGAUGAUGAUGUUGAUGACAUAAUUUAUUUGUUAGGCUUAUUGGAAGCUAUUGUGUCCUAUGAGGAAGGCAAUGAGGAGGUUACAGAGGAGAUUAUAGGAAAUAUGAUGAAAACAAGAAUUCAUUGUGGUAGUGACGAUGGAGAAGAAAUAAUAUGUGUUAUUUGCCAAUGUGAAUAUGAGAAUGAUGAGACAAUUGGCACUCUUGAAUGUCAACAUGAAUAUCACUCAAGCUGUAUAAAGGAAUGGUUGCUGAAGGGGAAGAGAUCUUGUCCAAUUUGUAGGUCUUCAGUUUUACCGUCAUAG